ACUUGUUCCUUGAACAUACACUAACUUACCCCUCAUAUCCCGCAUCCGUCAUGGAUCGCGAGUGUACGACUGGUCACAGGUGUCGUAUGCCUAGGUCUUAGUAUAGCGUACGGAUAAUGUCAAGCUCUCGUGGCGCACUGAUGCUUCUUGUAUAAAGUUGAAGGUUGCUCCACGCCGACUGAACCAUGCAACGGGAGUCAGACGGUGCAUCGAUAAUAAAUCCUUUACUAUAGAUUGUUCCAGAUGAAGUGGACUUCUUUCGCAUUGGCGAUUGCCUUCACGCCCGCGGUCCUGUCGUCACUCUUAGCUGAUCGUGGCAGCAAGGAAAUUGGAUUGAAUCAACUCGCACGCAAAGCAGGACUUCAGUAUUUCGGUACCGCAAUCGAUAAUCCAAGUCUUGCCCCCGGUGGCGCUAGUUAUCUGCCUUACAGCAUUGAUAACUCGAAAUAUCGAAAGGUUGCUUACAAUUCAGAGGAGUUUGGUCAAGUGACGCCGGCAAAUGGGUUGAAGUGGAUGUUCACUGAGCCUUCACGAGGUCAGUUUAACUACACCCUCAGCGACGAAAUAAUAAAACCAGCGAUCAAAAACGGCCAAUUCCGCCGCUGCCACGCCCUCGUUUGGCACAACCAACUUCCACCCUGGCUCACGUCGCAGACCUGGACCGCCUCGGAGCUCCUCUCCGUCGUCCGCACGCAUAUCGCCGCCGAAGUAACGCACUACAAGGGUCAAUGUCUACACUGGGAUGUCGUCAACGAAGCUUUCAACGAGGAUGGUACGUUCCGGCCAUCUAUCUUCUACAAUAUCACGGGCACGGGGUAUAUUUACGAGGCCUUCGCCGCGGCCGCAAAAGCAGAUCCGAAGGCGAAAUUGUAUUAUAAUGAUUAUAAUAUUGAGACGGUGGGACCGAAGAGCGAUUCGGUGAGGACUUUGGUGAAGGAGAUGAGAAAGAAGGGGGUAAAGAUUGAUGGUGUGGGAUUGCAGAGCCACUUCACAGUAGGCGGGACGCCGAGUUAUGAAGCGCAGACGGCGAAUAUGGCAGCUUUCACUAAAAUGGACCUCGAUGUGGCAGUGACAGAGUUGGAUGUUAGGAUGCAGUUGCCGAGCAAUGGGAUGAAGCUGGCCCAACAAGCGAAAGAUUACAAUACAUCUGUGAUGGCGUGUAAGAAUACGAAGCGAUGCGUUGGGAUUACUGUAUGGGAUUUUCAAGAUAAUUUCUCCUGGGUUCCUUCGACAUUUGCGGGGGAGGGCGACCCUUUGCCGUACAGUAGUACCACUGAGAAGAAGCCUGCCUGGUAUACGAUUGCGAAGGCACUUCGGGGAUGAGAUAAAGUACACGCUUGUGUCAUCGUCUAGGCUAUGUAGUGCUUUCGAGAGGCCCAUCCCUACUUAGACAGAGCAAUGAGCUAGAUCUUGAGUCUUACUGGGCGUAAAUACACAAGGCUUGCAGAUGAGAACGAGACUCCAUCAAGCACAGAGUAGCGUUCACA